UUUAUACAUUUAUGUUUAUUUACAUAUGGUUUAACAGAAUUGAACAAAACUUCCAGCUUCAACUUCCAAUGUACCAUUCUAAAUUGAUUGAAAAAAUAUACUGGAUUAAAAUUAAAAGUGUUUACUAUGUUAUUCAAGGUUAAUUGUAACAAAGAUUAACAGAUUGCUGUAAAUUAAACAAAAGAUGGGGACAGACAGAAUGAACAAGAAUUUGAGUGGAUUACCCAUGUAUCAUCUGAGAAGGAUAGGACCUCCUCCCAAUAAAGACAGGGUGAUUAACGUCAUGGACCUGUACAGGGUAACAUAUAUGAUUGGCCGUAGUGAGGUUCAGGUGGAUUUUUACAUAGAUUCAAGCAAUCACAUACAGAGUGCAAGUAUAUCUCGAUGUCACGCUAGAGUUGUCAGGCAGAACGGGAACCAGCAUAGACUGUAUGAUGACAGCUUGAAUGGAGUUUUUGUGAACAAUAUAAAAAUUGCAGGGAGCUGUGUUCUACGUGAAGGAGACAAGGUGACAUUUGGACAUCCAUGUGGUGCGCGUCUCCCGGCAGGCAGUAGAGCCAGACAACCAGAUUCACACCAUCAGUUUAUGGUAAAUAUGUCACAGUAUGGUAAAGUUGUAUGUGAAACAAAGAAAUUUUUUUUUUUCAAGGAAACCACUGGAUUUAAGAAGCCAGUAUCUCCUGCUGAAGCCAGUGGAAGUAAUUCAACUCGGAGACCUAAAAAACCUACAAGAAAGCCAACACAAUGUUUCACCUCAGAUGAUGUUAAACAAUUGAAAGCGGCAUGGGAAGAAAGACAAAGUAGCAGUGCAUCCGACAUCUCAGAUGAUUCUGCUUCCGAAGCUGAAAAUGAGCCUAGACUAAACAUAGCAAGAAAAAGUGUUGUUGUAGCUGAUGAGCAGUCUACUGAAACUAAUAGCCAUUCUGAGGAGGACAAAUCUGUGGAAGCUGAAAAUUAUAAAAAAAAUGGUACAAGCACUGAUAAACAGUCGCCAAGUAAACAGUCACCAUGUAAGAGCAAAAGUUACAAUACAGAAUCACCGGGUGUAAUGCCUAAAGACAUUGAAAUGUUUAGUGAAAGUGAUGAAGACAGUCGUGCCAAUGAUAAUAGUCAUACAGCAGUCACUAGUGAUGUAAAUCAUGAAACAGUUAAGCUGUGCAGGUUAACAGAAACUGACAUAAGUCCAGAAAAUGACUUAAAUGAACAAACUGAUAUAUGUAGUGAACAUAUUACAAGUAAAUCACCUGAAAAGAAUGAUAUAUCAGCUCUGGAAGGAACAGUGAACUCUAUAAUGAAGGAUUUAUGUGAUUUGAGAGGAAAAAUUGAAAACUCUGUAGAACAAUCUGGGCAUGAAGUUCCCAUUGUGUUCAAAUCCCCAACUAAAGAUGCUUGCAUUCAGACCAGUCAAAGUGAAAAUGUAAAUGGGGAAGUGGGUAUAAGAUAUGUGACAGCUUCACCAACCAAAGAUAUGGGAAUUCAGACUAGUCAGAUAUUUCCACCUCAAGCUGUCAGCAGCCAUGUUGUAGAAACAACUGUUGAUGAAAAGUUCCAAACCUGCAAUGAGUUAGCUAGUGGAACUAGUGAUUUUGAUGAUGUAGAAACAAUGGAAAAAACUGAUGAUACAACUUCUCUAACUGGUAUCACGGCAACUAGUAAUGGUAGUGAAUUAGAUGAUGAAGAAUCUACAGAGAAAAGUAAUGACACUAUCCAAGAGGACUUUGAACCAGCCCAAGAGGGUUGUAAUGAAGAGCUCAAUAAAGAAACUGAAUUUAAUGAAACUCCUCACAUUGAAGAUACAUGUAAAUCAAAUGAAAGUGAGAGCACAGUUGAAGAAUAUGCUACUUCUAUGGUGUUGCCAGAUUUAGAUAUAAGUGAAGCUUUUUCAAAUUUUGCAGAAAAUGAAUUGAAACAGUGCUCAGCCAAAGGAGAAAACAAUGAAUGUGUUUAUAUAAAGUCAAAACACCAGCAGCAGUUGAAUGAUAAUUCAAAUGAAUUUAUUGAAGAAGAUCAAAUCUCUGAAGAAAAUCAAAGUAAGCAGCCAAGUCUGAUCUUGUCAGAUUCAGUAGUAUAUGAAGCUGAUGAAGAAAAUGAUGAUCCUGAUUUAUUUUUCUCCAAUUCUAUUGAAUAUAGUGGUAGUGAAAGUGACAGAAAUCUAAGUGAGUCUGAAACAGAAGAAGUAGAUAUGGAUACAAAAGAAAGCAGUAAUGACAGUGAAGAAAGUGAAAAUUGUGAUGGUGAAGAAGAUGAUAAUAAUACUGGUGGUGAUGACACAUGCAAAAGUGAAGAUUUUAUAAAUUCAGAUGAUAACUCUUUGAGAAAAUGUUCAGAAUCAGAGCAUGGUGUCAAUGCUGAUAAUGACAAAGUAGGUGCAGCUCAUGAAAAUAGUGAAAACCAGUCUGAAGGUUCAGUGAAUGUUGAAUGUAGAUCAGAUGCUAGGGAUUUGUUCAAAAACUCUUUGAACAAGAUGGAAAUUGUUUCUAUCGAGGAUAUAAGUUUUGAUUGAUGGUAAAGUUACUGAUCAAAUAAACAAUGAUCAGAUAAUUGAAAGAAAAAGAAAAAAUUCAGAGGAAGAAAUUUUUAGAAAACUGAAUUAGAUAAUUCAAGAAAAAGACAUUGCAGUGAUACUGCAAA